CCUUGGGUCCGUCUUAAAAGCUCCUCCUCCGCUUCCUUCUGCUUUUUUCGGGGGCGGAGCGUCCACCCCAGCCAGCGUCGCGUGACCGCGCGCCUGAUGACGUAGGAGGAAGAAGCCGACGCCAUUAGAGGGAGGCCCAGCCAGACGCCCCCCGAGUCGGGAAGUGUGUUUCGGUUUAUUUUUUCCUUCCCUUCCCCUCAGAGUCUCCUCUCUGCUUUUCGCGGCCUUGCUUCCUUCCUUUCUCGGCGCUUCAGGGCCUGGGGCUUCCGUGGUGUUCGUGGCUCCGUCGCUCACCCUGCGACCUCCGGUCAGUUGCGGCUGAUGUGAGGCCGCGGCGGCCCCUUCGCUGCGGAUGGCGACGGUUGCGGCGGCGGCCUCUUCUGGCGUCGGAGGCGGCGGCGGCGGCGCUGCUGCUACUGCCGCCGGCGGAAGGAGCUUCUCCUUCAAGGUGGUGCUGCUCGGGGAAGGCUGCGUGGGGAAGACCUCCCUGGUGCUCCGCUACUGCGAGAACAAGUUCAACGACAAGCACAUCACCACUCUCCAGGCAUCUUUUCUAACAAAGAAGCUAAACAUUGGAGGAAAAAGAGUAAACCUCGCGAUAUGGGACACAGCGGGGCAAGAGAGAUUUCAUGCACUAGGUCCCAUUUACUACAGAGACUCUAAUGGAGCUAUUUUAGUGUAUGAUAUAACAGAUGAAGACUCUUUUCAGAAGGUAAAAAACUGGGUCAAGGAAUUAAGAAAAAUGUUGGGAAAUGAAAUUUGUCUAUGCAUAGUCGGUAACAAAAUAGACUUGGACAAGGAAAGGCAUGUCUCCAUUCAAGAAGCAGAAACAUAUGCAGAAUCAGUGGGGGCGAGACACUAUCACACAUCAGCCAAACAGAACAAAGGAAUAGAAGAACUCUUUCUUGACCUGUGUAAAAGAAUGAUCGAAACUGCACAAGUUGAUGAGAGAGCACGAGGCAAUGGUUCCAGUCAGUCAGGAGCUGCAAGGCGUGGAGUACAGAUAAUUGAUGAUGAGCCAGCAGUUCAGAGCAGCGGAGGUUGUUGUUCAUCUGGAUAAUUGCAUAAGACUGUGCAUUUUGGCCCCUUGGUGAAGACUGCCAUAUUCAAGUCUCAUUCUUUAUCAGUGAAGAAUUGGAAUUAACAGUAUUUAAAAUCAUUUGUAACAAUUCAGUACCAUUAAGUGCUAAACUAGUCAAGUAUGUGACCAGAGAAUUGGCAUUUUCUACAGUGGUUAACAAAGCAAACCAAUGGCCUUUUUACAUGUUUCUUUAAUAAUGAAUAAUAUUGCAUGUGGGAAAGACUUAUGGCUUCAUUUAUAUUUUAAAUAAGAUCAUUAUUUAAUAACUUAUAUACACUAUUGGAAUGAGACAUUUUUUGCAGCCCUUUGUAUUUUGUGGUAGAUUGAACUGUAUCACUUCAAAAUCGCAAAUUGAUUUCUUUUUAAUUAGCAGAUACCUGGAUACUAUUUUUGCAGGGAUGGCAUCAAACUAUAACUGUCUGACUACUUUGAUAUAUUCAUCCUGUAUUCCAUGCUGGUAAAAUAAAUUGUAAAAAUACAUAUUAAAUAUUUUAUCUGCUUUUACAAGUCAGAUGCAAAAAAAUAUAUGUUAGUCUUUUCAGUGAUUGUGAAGUGAAUAACAGUUGGUGAAAAGAUAACAAGUUUGAUUAACUACUAUACACUUUUCUUCUUGCUAGUUGGUGACUAUUUUUUGCUUGCUCUGAAGUUUACAUACAUUGAGUAUUUUUCUGGCAAGGUUUGGUCUAUAACAUUUUAGAUCCAAAAAUGUAGUUGGAGUGCUGUGAACUGCUGCUAAACUUCUAACUAAUGGAAGUCUGACAUGCCUAAAAUACUCUGUUGCUUCAGCAACUUAUACGACACGUGAACUUGGCCUUUUCCAUCUGAUAAUCACUAAACAAGACCUGCUCAUAAAACUUUUGAUGUCUUCACUCCUUUCUUCCUUGUGUAAUGAUUUUUUUCCCAGUCAAAAAACCAAAAUGAGAUGACAAUAAGUUGACUACAAUUAGGGGUUUUAAAAAAGAGAGAUAAUUGAAAAUUGGUAAGAACUUGCCUGUGGCUCUUGUAUAAACUUAGUUUUCAAUCUACUUUGUUUUUCAGUUGAAAUGGUUUUGUAUAGCAAAGUAUAAAGGGAAGUCUUAUCUUUUGAAGGAACAGAAACGUUGAAAGUGAACUCAAAACUGAUUUUGGCAAGGCUAGAGCAGAAUAUUUUUGACUUCUUGAUAGAAAUAUCACUUACGUUUUUGUGUGAGAAAUAUGUUGAUGAAGAAAAUGCCCAGUACAGUUUAGCCUUUAGAAACUGACAUGUGUGAUUUUAAAGUCACAUGCGGUGGCUUGAAUUUUAAGUGGUAGAGCAAUGAUACUCAUGUUGGAACAUCAGAAUUGUUACACUGGGAAUCCAACACACAUCCAUUAACUUCACCUUUCAGAACCUGACACAGUAACUUUUAAGAAUAGUUUUAGAAUACACUGCAUGCAUUGAAUAUCCUGCCCAAGUUGAUAUAUUAAAAUCACGUUUGUGAGAAGAAACUGUCACACAUGGCCAUGAUUUAAUAUGUACAUUGUACUCUGUACCUUAACCCUUACUGAAAUUGUAAAUUAGAUUAUCUGUUAAAGUACAUAUUGUUUAAGUGGCUCAUUUACUGUGACUUCUACCAUGUGCUGCUGUAAGCUGCUCUAUAUUCAUUAAAUAUUCAUAUUUAGUA